AUGAGCCGGAAGCUCGCCCCCGAAGCCAAUCGGAUUCUCUUUGUCAAGAACCUCAACUACAACGUAACUGCAGAGCAGCUCUUUGAUCUUUUCGGAAAGUUUGGUCCUAUCCGCCAAAUACGACAGGGAAUUGCGAACAACUCAAAGGGCACCGCAUUUGUGGUCUACGAAGACGUGCACGACGCCAAACAGGCAUGCGAUAAGCUCAAUGGAUUCAAUUUUCAGAACAGAUAUCUCGUGGUCCUUUACCACCAGCCGGAGAAAAUGCUUAGAUCGAAGGAGGACCUGGCGGAAAGGCAAGAGAAUCUGGAACGUCUCAAACAGCAGCACGGUAUAGAAUGA